AUGUCUUCUUACCCUGAAAAACCCCCAGCCUUAAACCCGAGAAAGACGACGAAAGAGCGGCGCCGGAGCUGGUCCGAACCCGUUUUCAGCGGCGGCGCCGACCCUAACGAGACGUCGAAGCGUGUCGUGCUCAAAAUGCGCCACCAUUCAAUUUCCAACUCCGGGUCGACCACUCCCUACUCGGAGUCCGAACCGGAGUCCGACUCGUCCAUCCAUAACCCGCUCCCCGCCGCUCCUGAUUACAUCUCUUUGUUGUCUGAUGAACUGCUGCUGAGAGUGUUUGGGAAAAUCUCGGACGCGAAGCAGCACGUUUCCAAUUCCUUGGUUUGCAAGAGGUGGUGUUUGCUCUGCGGAAAAUUGGUCCGAUCGCUGAAGUUGUUCGACUGGGAGUUUUUGGAGUCGGGAAGGUUGACUUUCCGGUUCCCUAAUCUGGUCGACAUUGAUAUUGUGCCGGCCUGUAUCAAAUCCGAGAGGAAUUCAGGGAUUUUGCUGAGCAAUAAGUUAUUAGGGGUUUACUUGAAUUCCUCCGUGCUGGAUAGCGAUGGGUUUUUCAUCUGGAAACGGGAUAUUUUGGAUUGCUCGGCUGUUGAUAGAGGAUUGAGGAUAUUGUCCAUGGGGGUUCGAAAUUUGAGACGGGCAAUCUUGAUGAACUCCACAGGAGAAGGUCUGAGUUGUUUGGCCGAGGAGUGUGAGCUGUUGCAGGACUUGGAAUUGCAUUACUGUGGUGAUUUUGCUUUGAAAGGGAUUCAUAAGUGCCACAAUUUGCAGAUACUGAAAUUGAUCGGGAGAUUAAACGGGGUAUACGAUUCAACAGUUACGGAUAUUGGGUUGACAAUCUUGGCUCAGGGGUGUAAGCGGUUAGUGAAGCUCGAGUUGGUGGGUUGUGAGGGGAGUUAUGACGGGAUUAAGGCAAUUGGACUGUGUUGCUUGAUGCUUGAGGAGCUGACACUUAGCGAUCACAGAAUGGAGGGUGGGUGGUUAUCGGCCUUGUCGUAUUGUGGGAAUUUGAAAACUUUAAGGAUACAGUCUUGCAGGUGUAUUGACGAGAGCCCGGGCCCGGAUGAGCAUAUAGGGUUUUGCCCGAUGCUUGAGCAGUUGCAUUUGAGUCGGUGUCAAAUGCGGGACAAAAGGGGCAUUUGGGGGUUGUUUUUGGCUUGCCGGAUUAUUGGGGAGCUCGUUAUUGAGGACUGUUGGGGUCUGGAUGAUAGUGUAUUUUCCUCUGCAACCAUUUUUAGGAGUAUAAAGUCUCUUUCGCUCGAAGGAUGCUCGUUGUUAACAACAGAAGGAUUAGAAUUAGUAGUUCUUUCUUGGAAGGAUCUCCGUAGGCUUAAAGUUAUCUCGUGUAACAAUGUUAGGGACAGUGAAAUAACACCUGAAAUGGCCCUCUUAUUUUCCCAUCUCAAAGAAUUGAAAUGGAGGCCCGAUACCAAGUCCAUGUUGACAGCAGGCCUCACGGGUACAGGAGUCGGGCUGAAAGGCGGUCGGUCUCUGAGAAGAAAAUGA